UUUUUCCUAAAUUAUGUAUCAUAUCAUGCAUGCAACAUUUCUUCCUAUCCCAUUAUUUUUUCAAUCCUUCUAUGGGAAGAAUCAAAGUUUCCACCCUUUUCUCUGCUAAUAAUGGCCAUCACUACACUCUUCCUCUUGUAAACAAACCCAAUACACACAAAGAUCAUUUCCCUUCUUCAGUCUUAAAAUGUUUUCGACGAUUUAUCUGUGGAAGGAAAGUUGAUGGAGGAUCAAGAACAAAGGAAGAAGAGAAAGUGUACUCUUGGUUAUAUACACUGGCUCAGUCUGAAAAAAACUUGGUCUUUGAGUAUGUUAGAUCCACUGAAAGAGGCUUAAGUUUUACUGAAGCUGAGAGGAGGCUGCGGGAAAAUGGUCCAAAUGUUCCACUUGAGUAUUCAUUUCCAAGCUUGUGGAAUCUUCUAUGGAAUGCUCUUUUCCAUCCUUUCAAUAUGAUUCUGAUUAUUUUAUCUUCUCUGUCCUUCAUCGCCCGUGAUUAUCCCAACGGAUUCAUCAUGCUCAUAUUGGUUUUUAUCAGUGUCAUCCUUCGAUUCUGUCUGGAACACAGAAGCUCAAAAGCCGCGAUGAAACUUUCAGAAUUUUUAAGGUGUCCUAUAAAAGUUCAAAGAUGUGCUGGUAGAAUUGAACAGAAAGAAUUGAUAGUUCAAGUUGAUCACAUGGAUGUAGUUCCAGGUGAUAUUGUGAUUUUUGAACCUGGCGACCUCUUUCCUGGAGAUAUCAGGCUGUUAUCUUCAAAACACCUUGUUGUAAGCCAGGCCUCACUAACUGGGGAAUCUUGGACAACCGACAAAGCUGGCGAUGUUAGAGAAGAUCACAACACUCCUUUACUAGAUUUAAAGAACAUUUGCUUUAUGGGCACAAAUGUGGUAUCAGGUACGGGAACAGGUUUAGUUAUUUCAACUGGAUCAAAUACUUACAUGAGCACCAUGUUUUCAAAAAUUGGGAAGAAAAAACCGCCAGACGACUUUGAAAAGUGUCUCAGAUGGAUAUUUUACAUGCUUAUUUCCGUUAUGCUAGUAGUUGUUACAAUUAUGUUCGUGACAGAUUUCACUACAUCUCAUAAUUUGAGCAAGAGUGUUCUCUUUGCCAUCUCAGUUUCAUCUGCACUCAAUCCUCAAAUGCUUCCCCUCAUCAUUAACACAUGCCUCGCGAAAGGAGCAGUUGCUAUGGCUAAAGACAGAUGUAUUGUAAAAAGUCUAACAUCUAUACGUGAGAUGGGAUCAAUGGAUAUUCUUUGUAUUGACAAGACAGGCACCCUUACAAUGAAUCAUGCAAUCUUGGUUAAUCAUCUUGACUGCAGGGGUUUACCCCGAGAAAAAGUUCUACGCUAUGCGUUCCUCAAUUCUUACUUCAAGGCUGAGCAAAAGUAUCCUCUGGAUGAUGCAAUUCUAGCACAUGUAUAUUCAAAUGGAUUCAAGUUUCAGCCAUCCAAGUGGAAGAAGAUAGAUGAGAUUCCUUUUGACUUCAUAAGAAGAAGAGUAUCUGUCAUGUUAGAAACAGACGAUAGACACUCGAGGUUCUUUGGCAGGUUCAUGGUAACAAAAGGAGCAUUGUUGGAAGUCAUAAAAGUUUGUUCUUUUAUUGAGAAUUUUGAUAAAGAUGAAAUUUCUACCUUCUCAUCAAAUGACUAUCAGAGGAUUUUAAAUCUAACAGAAGAAUUGAGCAAUGAAGGGUUAAGGGUUAUCGCAGUAGCUAUAAAGAAGGUCGAAAUGCAGCAGACUUGCGAAACAAGUAACGGAAGCAAGAGACACGACUAUGAUUUCGAAAGAGACAUGAUAUUUCUUGGUUUCAUAACAUUUUUUGAUCCACCUAAGGACUCAGCAAAGGAAGCACUGUGGUGUUUGGCUGAGAAAGGAGUGAAAGCCAAAGUUUUAACAGGCGACUCACUUUCCUUAACCACAAGAAUAUGCAGAGAAGUCGGCAUAAGUACCACUCAUGUUAUAACAGGACCUGAGCUAGAAGAACUUGAUCAAGAAACAUUCCAUGAAACCGUUAAAAGAGCAACGGUGCUAGCCCGUCUCACCCCUAGUCAAAAACUUCGAGUCGUGCAAUCAUUGCAGACAAAAGGAAACCAUGUUGUUGGUUUCUUAGGAGACGGUGUGAAUGAUUCACUAGCUUUGGAUGCUGCUCAUGUAAGCAUUUCAGUGGACUCCGGCGUAGCCAUUGCCAAAGACAUGGCAGACAUAAUCUUACUAGAGAAAGAUCUAAACGUGCUCGUUGCGGGCGUGGAGCACGGUCGUCUCACCUUUGGCAACACAAUGAAGUACUUAAAGAUGUCGGUUAUUGCUAACUUGGGAAGUAUCAUUUCACUCCUCAUAGCAACAUUGUUCCUAAAAUAUGAGCCCUUGACUUCUAGACAGCUACUUACACAGAAUUUCAUCUAUAGCCUUGGACAAAUCGUCAUCCCUUGGGACAAAAUGGAUGAAGAAUAUUUGAACACUCCUCAUAAGUGGUCCGUGCGAGGCUUGCCGAUGUUCAUAUUGUGGAAUGGACCGGUAUGCAUUUUAUGUGACGUGGCAACACUUUUGUUUCUUUGGUUUUAUUGCAAGGCUUAUGAUGAUAUGAAAUUUUUUCAUUCAGCUUGGUUCAUUGAGGGUCUUCUGAUGCAAACUCUGAUUGUUCAUUUGAUGAGGACUGAGAAAAUCCCUUUCAUUCAGGAUAUUGCUUCUUGGCCUGUGAUUUUUUCCACUCUUGUGAUAUCUACAAUUGGAAUUGCAAUUCCAUUCACUCCUAUUGGGAGGGUUAUGGGAUUCACCCUUAUACCUCUUUCAUAUUUUGGAUUUUUGUUUGUUAUUUUUAUGGGAUAUUUUACAAUAGGUCAGGUGGUUAAGAGACUUUACAUACUGGUUUAUAAGAGAUGGCUUUGAAUAUCAAAUUCUCAAUACAGUUUUGUUUUCCAUA